CCCCCGCUGGGACUGUGGGUCGCUGGAGGCGGCGCCAACUUCACUCGCCCCGGGCCGGCGCGGGCGCUCAGGUCCCGGAGGCGGGGCUGAUGGCCGCCUCGCACCCAACAGCGCGGCUGGCGGCCGCCAGUAUUCACAUCCCGACAAACACGACCACCGGAGCGCGGGCCUCCCCGUACGAACGCCAAGACCCCAGACAGGUUCUGGUGGCUUCUGCCGCCGCCGCCGCCGCCUUGGCGGAGGACGAGGAGGAAAGAGUGGUGCAGCCUGCGCGGGCGUCGGCUGAUUUUAACACCAACUCUUCUCGGGUGAAUGAUUAUAUAGCCUAUGAAGACAUUGUCAACUUUUCUGAUAUCUACCACUCUAAUGAAGAGUAUUUCAGGAAACUAGAAGAGCUGAAGGCUGCCCACAUAAAAACUAUGGCAAAAUUAAGGAGAAUGUACCAGGAUAAACUAAAUUUAAAGGAAGUUCAGCCAGUAAUCAUCAGGGAAGAUUCUCCUAGUAUCUCUUCCAGUUCUGCAUCGGGAAAGAACUCCUAUCACCCUGUGUUGUUAGUGACAUCGCUCUCAGAGCCUGACUUGAGCCGGUCCUCCUCCUUAUUAUAUACUUCUUCCUCUGAAGAGGAGCCGCCAAAGCUAGAAAAAGAGCUUUCCAAGAAAACCAAAAUGACCUAUGCCAAGGAGCUCAUCAACAACAUGUGGACAGACUUCUCUGUUGAAGAUUACUUGAAGUGUGAUACUUCUGACUUCACAGCAGUUGAAAAAACAAAGAAGAAACGGAAAGAAUGGGUGCCCACAGUUACUGUGCCUGUGCCUUUUCAAAUGACGAUUAGAGAACAGAAGAAAAAAGAAGAGGCCAAGAAGGUUAUGUCAGAUAAUGAAAUGCAUAAACCAAUCAAGACACAAGAUGAUGAUUCUGAGUGUAAGAAGAAAUUCCGAGCCAAUCCUCUUCCUUCAUAUGUCCUCCUCCCCCGUUAUCAAGAUAUGGUCAAGCAAAAUGAGGAAAGGAGGAGGGCAAUGAAAGAGAAAAACAAAGAAGCUCUUUUGGCUUUACAAAAGCCAUUUAAGUUUAUUGCAAGGGAGGAACAGAAGCGAGCAGCCAAGGAAAAGCAGCUGAGAGACUUAUUUAAGUCUAAAAAGAAAACAAGCCGGUUUAAAGCCAGACCCAUACCUCUAUCUAUUUAUGGUUAUAUUUCACCUACUAGUGAUAAAUUAAAAGAAGAAGACCUCUAUAAAAACCUUAGGAUACUGAGAGCCCAAGAAUUUUUAGAGGCUUUGUCUGCCCUGUCUUGUAGGUCCACUUGCAGACGUUUCAGGAACCUCAAGAAUCCUGAGCAGGCUGGAAAGUUAAGGCAUAAAUCCAGGGGGAGAUGCCAGGUUCCUGAUUCCAAUGACUCCCCUCUGAAAUAUAAAGAAUUCUCAGAACGCAGGUUUCCAAAGUUCUCAACAGUUUAUAAACGAUUUGACCUUCAGACAUCUUCAAGUGACUCUGCUAAAAGAGACAAAAUUUUGGCAGACAUUAGAGCAGAUGAAGAAAACUUGAAAGAAACACGUUGGCCUUAUCUGUCUCCAAGGUGUAAAUCACCAGUAAAAAAUGCAAAUGCAAGGCCCCCACUUUAUACAUUCAGCCCUCCAAAACACACAGUAUCUUCAAGAGGACGGGAGCAGGCCACAAGGAGAUCACUUGAGGAAAAGAAAAUGUUGGAAGAAGAGAGAAAACGGAUCCUAACUAAACAGAAGCAAAGAAUGAAAGAAUUGCAGAAACUCCUGACAACCCGGGUUAAGGCUUAUGACUCUCACCAAAGUUUAGCUCAGAUGUCUAAAUCCAAAGUAAAACACCUCAGAAAGAGUGAAAAGGAAAGGAUGAAAGAAUACCGACAAGAACUAGAAGAAAGAGAAGAAAAAUUAAAACAGAGGCCAUUACUGUUUGAAAGAGUUGCUCAGAAAAAUGCAAGAGUGGCAGCAGAAAAGCAUUAUUCUAACACCCUAAAAGCACUAGGACUAUCUGAUGAGUUUGUUUCAAAGAAAGGCCAAAGUGGGAAAUUACUUGAGUACCUCAGCAACCAAGAUAUGAAGAGUUUCCCUGAAGAUAAGGAAAGCUUUAAUGAAGAAGAAAACAUAGAAGAAAGAGAGAACGAGGAAGAUUAUUGUAUUGAAAUCAACAGCCAGGAUUCUUACCAGGAAAAAGAUGAAGAUGUUGAAGGAAGUGGAGAAGAAAACUAUUGAACACUAAAACUUACUUAGCAAGCUCU